AGUGAGCCUGGACCUGAGGAUCCUUCCAGUGAUAUUGCUCAACAAGAGUCAAAGCAAAGGGAGGCAGAAAUGAGAAAUAACAUUUUGGCUCAGGUUUUGGAUCAAGCAGCCCGGGCCAGAUUAAGUAAUUUAGCGCUUGUAAAGCCAGAAAAGGCAAAAGCAGUUGAAAAUUACCUUAUACAGAUGGCAAGAUUUGGACAGUUAGGCGGGAAGGUAUCAGAACAAGGGUUAAUAGAAAUACUUGAAAAAGUGAGUCAGCAAACAGACAAGAAAACAACAGUAAAGUUCAACAGAAGAAAAGUAUUGGAUUCUGAUGAGGAAGAUGAGGAUGACUGAUCAACAAAAUAUGACAGGGGUCACCAAACUGCAGAUCAUCUGGAGUACAUCAAGGAAACGUUGCUGUACCUGAAGAACUAGGUGAAAUGUUUACACAUUUUUUUCCGGAAAACCUUUUUUAAAUAUAAAAAUUAAAAAAUGAUCACAUGUUCUGAAUAAUAAAAUUAAGUAAAAUGGUUUUCUUAGAUCAUUUUUAUAUAAAAGACCUGAGAGUUGGGAUUACCCACUAUCUGUUUAGCUUUUCUUUGACAUUAUAUAAGUGAAUCCACUUUGCUCUUGGAACAUGUAAAUGACACACAUGUACUCCUUCUGUAACCAUAGAUGCAUCAUUGUAAUCCAGUGGGAAAUGGAAAAAAGGCUCACAAACAUGCAAGUCUUUGCUGAAGUUAGUAGUUCUUGCUCCAGCGUAAAUAUGUGUUGGAGAGGAUUUGCAUGUUUGGAUGUCUGCAGAGGAGGUUGGUGCACACAGUGUUCCUGAUCUCUUAAUCAUGAUUUAUCGUUAAGGGGUUAGGAGUAGUCAUGGAGUUACCUCCCCACCUCCACUGCAUAUAUCUCCACCCUGUCUUCUGGUGACAUUAACCAUGGUUAAUACCAAGCAAGGUUGGCUGUUAGUCUGAAACUGGUUGACAGCAAAUCCUGCUUAGCAUAAGCCAUGAUUGAGAGGUCAGGAGUAGUAUGCAUGCAUUACAUCCCAUGGCUGCUUGAAUAUGCUUUUUCUGCCAGCCAGUCGAUACAAGAUGGAUUGGUUGGCAGAAAAAGACAUAGUUCCAUGCUGCUUCAUCUUGCUGGAUGAUAUAUUGCAUAGAAAUUAGACAAGCCUUGGCUAGUACAGCAUGAAAGUGCAUUCUUAGCUGUGCUUGGGAAAUAUUCUUUCCUUAAAGUGUUUUCCCCCUCUCUUUUAUCGUAGCUAGAGUCCUUCAGCUAUUGGGCGCAAAGCAUUUAAAAUUAAGAACUUACACAUCCAGUUGAUUUCAAUAGGAGACUGAAACAUGUGCUUAAAAUGUUCCAUACUAAAAUCAGUAAAGGGCUUAACCAUGGCUGGGCUGUUUUGUUUAAGUAUUAGUGCAAUCCAGUACUAUGUAGACUGGAUGCAUUUGGUUCUUUUACUCAAGCUACCUCCAUUUUUCAGGUAUACAGAGUAAUUAAAACAGCUGUCCAAAUCGCUGUGAUCACCUUCCAUGCAUGAUGCCAUUGUGAAGUAUUGUGCCUUUUUGUUGGAGAAUGCUAUAAGAAAUAUUUGAUUUGUAACCUGUACCAACAUCCUCUGUCCGCGAGAACUCGGAAGGUGGUUUGCCACUUUCAGUUUGUUGAGUGUAUAUGUGUAUAUAUAAAACAGAACUUUGAAAUGGAUAUUAAAACCUUUCAAUAAAGAACACUGAGUUGG